UCCUUUCAAACACUGAUGGUAAGGGGGAUAAAUGGUUUUGGCUUACCUUGGAAUAGAAGCCAUUGCUUUUGGACCCCUUCUGUCAGUAUCUAUUUCUCCUGUGAUAAUUGCCUGAGCACCACGAAGGCUUCUGCAACCGAAGCAUGCACAGCAGGCACAGCAGGAGAAGAGUUGAAUGGCAGAUCCCGUUGCUUUCCAAGUCCUGAGACUGCAGCUGUGCUGAAGCGCACUGUUGAGGCUCUCAUGGAGAAAGGAGCCGUUGUGAGGAACCUCGAAAACCUGGGAGAAAGGGCUCUGCCAUACAAAAUCUCCAAGCACAAGCAGCGCCACAGAAGAGGAGGGUAUUUUUUGGUAGACUUAGAGGGCCCACCUUCCAUUGUAUCGACCAUGAUGGACCAUUUAGGACGUGAUAUUGAUGUGAUUAGACGUGCUUUUAUAAAGCAUCCUGUAUCAAAGACAGAAGAAUGCAGUGGCAUAAUCCCAGUCAACACUGAAGACAAACUAACUGCCAAGAAGAAAUGAAUAUUUUAAAUCGCAUAUUUGAAACUUUUAAAAGAUUUUUUAGUCCUGCUUUUGAAUACAAUUGUGAUAAUUAGUGUCCAUCAAAAAUUAUCACUUUUAGCCAUAUUAUGUGUGUGGUAUAGUACACUAUCUUAAGUUAUUGUAACAUUUGAGGUUUCUUUUUUGUUUAAAAUAACUUGAGUAGACUUGAUCUGUUUGCUUAUUUUGAUAUACGACAACUCUGAAAAUUGAUUUUCUUUUCCCUUAGAGCAUUACAUUGAUAAGAUUUAUCCAUCAUCAGAAUGCUCAACAUAGCAUUCUUUUCCAAAGACAGAUUACUUAAGAAUGUGUAUUUACAUAAGAGAUUAAGAAGUCUACGGUGUAAUGUAGCGGUAUAGUAUGUGAUCUGUUUGAGGAUUUUUCUGCUUGCUUUUGGAAAAAAGGUAAUAAAAGUGUGCUUAAAAAUAAAA